GGAAAGGGGUUCCGGGCUGGCAGCGGAGGAAAUGCGGGAGGAAGAGGAGGGAGAGGAGGAGCAGGAGCGGGAGCGGGAGAAUCGCGGCGCUCGCAGCGCCCGCACGCCGAGCCUGCAGCACCCCCUGCCCCGGGAGCAUCGCCCCCAGCCCCGAGCCGCAGGAUUUCCCAUUCCCAAACCUUGGCUGGAUGGAAGAGGAGAAGGCUGCAAGGAAGAGGAAGAUGCCCCGGGACAGCCAGGCAGGGAAGGAGCUGAGGAUGGAGAGCAGGGAGGACAAAUCCCCACAGCAGAACCUCGUGGAAGAGGCCAUUUUGGAUGGCUUCACAGUGCAGGAAUCCAACAGGGAGGAAAAUCCCCAGAGAUUCCACAGGAAGAGGGGCUGCAAACCCAGCCUGGGGUGCUCUGAGGAGGAAAGACCCACCCUGUGCCCGGAAGGUGGACAGAGCUUCAGCCAGAACUCAGAGCUGGUGGCCCAUGAGCAGCUUUAUGACAGCAAGAGGCCCUAUGAGUGCUUGGAGUGUGGGAAGAACUUCAGGAAGAGAUUCAACCUGAUCUGCCACCAGAGGAUCCACACUGGGGAACGGCCCUACGAGUGCUUGGAAUGUGGGAUGAGCUUCAGCCACAGAUCUGACCUGGUUGUCCACCAGAGGUUCCACACUGGGGAGAGGCCCUACGAGUGUCCCAAGUGUCAGAAGAGGUUUCACACCAGCACCCACCUCCUCGUACAUGAGCGGAUUCACACAGAUGAGAGGCCCUUCCGCUGCCCCAACUGCGGGAUGGGCUUCAGGCACAACUCCAGCCUCGUCACCCACCAGCGCAUCCACACCGGGGAGAGGCGCUGUGAGUGUCCCCAGUGUGGGAAGAGCUUCUCACAGCGCUCGAUCUUUACCCGACACCAAUGGAGACACCGGUAAGGGCAGCCCUGUGAGUGCCCCGAGUGCAGGAGGAGCUUCAUGCACUGCUCCAGUUUCAUUCCCCAUGGGAGGACCCAUGUUGGUCAGAGCCCUGGUGACCCACAUUCCCGGUGAUCUGCAUUGGGAAGAUGGCUGGGUAUUCUUUUGUUUUGACCCUAAUUUUCUUUGGAUUCAUCUUCAUCCCUUUAAAACAGAGAAAAUUGGGGUAAAAAUCAA